UAACAGUCCCCUGGCAACGGACCAGAGUGCCAAUUAUCACCAAAGUCCCCCAGGUUCUCCCAUCUCACUCUAGUAUCAGUAUCAUCAGCAGCGCCGGGAAAGUUUAGAAGCUUCUAGCGUCAGGGGAAAACGCCAUCGCUGACACAGGCUCUGAUCCUAGCCAUAUAGACUCCUCUGCAGGAGGACGGGGGCUCCAAACCUUCCUCCUGCUGAAUUAGUGAGAGCGAGAGAGAGAACAAGAGAGAGAGAGAGAGAGAGAGAGAGAGAGAGAGAGAGAAACAUAGAGGAAUCAGCAUGGGUUCCAGCUCCUCUUCCUAUGCCCCCAAAACCAUCUAUCUGGACGUGGAUGGCAAGGUUCAGAAGGUGGUUUUCAGUCGGCACUGCAGCCCAUGUGACAUCAAGGAGCUUCUUUGUUCCUCAUCCAACAUCCCCAGGAAUACUGCCAUCAUGAUGGUGGAUCCUGAAGGGGCCCUGGUGUCCAUAGACCCGACUAUGCCUACCAACUCUCCCAACUCCUUGUACAAAGUCAUUUCUUUGUCCACCGGUCAGCUAGGAGAUAAAGAAGACAUGUUUCAAAACGUGUUAUCUCAGGUGGCAGAGCAGUUCAGCAGGGCUUUCCGAAUCAACGAGCUGAAAACUGAGGUGACCAACAGACUGGCCAUGUUGGAGAAAAGAGUGGAGUUGGAGGGACUGAAGGUUGUGGAGAUUGAGAAGUGCAAAAAUGACCUAAAGAAACUACGAGAUGAGAUGACAUCCAGAGGAGGAGGGAGAGUUGGGAACUGUCCCUGCAAAUACAACUUCUCAGACGACGGGAAGAAGCUUAAUCCCAGACGUGACGUCCCAAGUUAUCCAAAGUACACCUUAUCCCAGGAGACUAUUGAAGCACUGAAGAAGCCAACAUUCGAUGUCUGGCAUUGGGAACACAAUGAGAUGCUAAGCUGCUUGGAGUAUAUGUAUCACGACCUGGGACUGGUGAAGGAAUUCAACAUGAACCCCAUCACUCUCAAACGCUGGCUGCUGGGCAUUCAGGAGAACUAUCGCAGCAACCCGUUCCACAACUUCCGCCACUGCUUCUGUGUCAGUCAGAUGAUGUAUGGCAUGAUUAACCUGUGUAACCUGCCGGAGAAGAUGACUCUGACGGACAUGGGCAUUCUCAUGACAGCUGCAGUGUGCCACGACCUGGACCACCCCGGGUACAACAACACGUACCAGAUCAACGCUCGCACAGAGCUGGCCGUGCGUUACAACGAUAUAUCUCCCCUGGAGAACCAUCACUGCGCCGUGGCCUUCCAGAUCCUCUCGCUGCCCGAGUGCAACAUAUUCGCCAAUGUCGAAUUGGAGGCCUACAAGCAGAUCAGACAGGCCAUCAUUACCCUGAUCUUGGCCACAGACAUGGCCCGGCACGGAGAAAUAUUAGACUCCUUCAAACAUAAAGUGGACAGCUUUGACUUCACCAACGAGGAGCACGUCACAUGCCUGAAGAUGGUUUUGAUCAAAUGCUGUGACAUCUCCAACGAGGUUCGGCCUACGGAGGUGGCUGAACCCUGGGUGGACUGUCUGCUGGAGGAGUAUUUCAUGCAGAGUGACAGGGAGAAGACUGAAGGGCUGCCGGUGGCUCCGUUCAUGGACAGAGACAAAGUGACCAAGCCCACUGCCCAGAUCGGAUUCAUCAAGUUUGUCCUCAUCCCAAUGUUUGAGACAGUCAUGAAGCUCUUCCCCCAGAUUGAGGAGAUCAUGGUGCAGCCUCUGAGAGACUCUAGAGACCACUAUGAGGAGCUGAAGCAGAUCGAUGACGCCAUGACAGAGGGCUCUGGCUCUCGUUUUAUGAUCCAAAAAUUCAAAAAGGUCAUGGGUCGUCCUGAUCUGCGUCUUUGAAGACAAGAUGGAGGGUGAAAAGGCUUGUCUUCUACACACUGAACCAACCUUAGACUACAUGAAACCUCCUGGUUGAUCUCCACUGUUUUGUUAUGGACAUUACAGAAGGACAAUGGCUCUGUUUCAAUGUCCACACUAGCAUACUACUUAGGAGGAAUUAAUGUACCAGGCACAUUGGAAUAUAGCUAAUCUGAAAGCUAAUUGGUCAUUGCAGGUAUCAACGGCUGUGUUUACACAGGCAGCCCAAUUCUGAUCUUUUUGCCCAAUUAUUGGCAAAAUAUCUGAUCUGAUUGGUCAAAAUACCAAUAUUUGGGCAGAAUAUCAUAAUUGGUCUGUCUAUGUAUAUGCAGCCUAUCAUAAUUUCUGAGUGACAAUUGGUCAUUGUAGGUAUUAACAUGCCAUAUUUUCUGCUUUCUGUUUUUAGUCACACUUGUUGAUGUUGAUAUUACGGUAUAAUGAAUAACAACUAAGUUGUUUACUAGAACAUUCACGUUUCCUUUUUCAAUUCUCCUAUUCAAAUGCAAAACUGUUUCUGAAACAGUUUGAAUAAAUUGACUCUUAAUUUAACCAUGUCAAGUACACAGCAUAUUUUAACAUAAUUAACAUAAUUCUUAUUAUGAGUUUAAACAAAUUCAACUAAUUAUCCCGUAGUGUGUGCACUGAAUGAAUUUACAUAAAUUCAUAUUUUGAGGUUUGUGUAAUAGCACAUCUAUUGUUGUGCAAUAUAUUCAGUCUUAGAUACAUGUUGUAAGUUAUUACAAAAGUAUUUAAAUACAAUCUAAAAUGUUAUUCUUGUAUUCCAUUUCUUUUUGCAUAGUACAUCCUACAUAAACUGUGCAAAAUACAGCACAGUUGUAAAACAUAUAACAUCCUUUUAUACUAAAUGUGUCACCUGGUAAUAAACUCCACCAGUAUUUUGGAAAGUUGCAGGUUAUUAAGAAGAAAUCAAUAUGUACAGUAGUAUCUGAUUUUCAUCUCAGAAAGUAAUUCUCAUCGAAGGUUCAUGAGUCAUGCCAUUGACCCUUCUCCGAUUGGUGCAGCCAUGAAUGAACCAAUGGGAGGUCAAGCUCGGGAGUCUUUGAAAGCUUGUGUACUUUACUUGAUAUCUGUAUUCUAUUGUGUAUGCUUUAUGCACAAUAUGGAUGUCCCAUGCUUACGCUUGGAUUUCCUGCUCAUUGUCGUUUAGGAAGCGUAGUAGUCUGUAGCUUCAGGCUUUGAGGGGGUAUGUGUUGAAACAAGACUUCUUUGCCAGUUUUGUUGUACAACCCCAAGCUACCACUUAACCGACAUCUCUCUAUAGUGUCCCUCCACAAAAAUAAGUGGGUGGUAUUCAACAGCUACAGUAGAUUUUCUAUUGCCAGUUUUAUAACCUUUGUUUAUUGCAACCUGUUUCACAUUUCCAAGCGUGAUAAUUGUCCAUCUGUAAGACGUUACUUACAUAUGAUUACACUUUUUAUGACCUACAUGAUUCUGAUGACAUUUGGAUGAUAAAGUAAUUUAUAUGGCCCAGAAGAAUCCAAAGAGAUAGGAUGUAAAUACUGACUUUAAUGUUUUUAGCAGGUCUGCUGCUAGAUACUAAUGACUUUUGGAAAAUUCCAGAGGGACAAACAGGGAUGAAAAUAACUUUCUUCUGUACGUUUUCUUUGCUAGUUGGCUUCACGUAUAAGACCUUUUCACCUCUUUUCUGCUUCUGUUUGAUGGGGUUGAACUUAGGUCCUGAGUAUAGCCUAGUCAUUUUGUUUAGAGGGAACUAUCUCUAUACUCCAUGUUGCAUGAAAGUAACCACUAGUCCUUGCUUACUCACUCUCCCCCCAACAUUGUAUCUUUCUGAUAAAUUAUACUUUGCGUGUAAACUAUUUGUUUUAGUUCUUUGUUUGAUUCUCACUGCAGUAUCAUUUUGCCCUUUUCUCUCAUUUCAAUUACUCAUAAACACCCCUUAGACAUGUCCUACUCUGUUGAUGAUGCAGCAGCAAGAGACUGAGAUGACUCCCAAGACAAUUAUAACCUUUUUCAUCACUCAAGUUUCUUCAAAGAAAGGACAACUCUCAGUUGACACUAAGAGACACGUCUGAAGCCUUUGAAUGAGAGUAAUCACCCCCCAGCCCCCUCUCCCUCUCUCCCUCCCUCCUUCGCGCUACUCUCACUUGCGUGCAAGACAUCAAGACACACAGUAUUUACAUUAACCAGAAGGAAUGCUUUAAUUAGCUAUGACAUACUCUUAUCACGAAGGAGACAUAUUGAUUUAGUUUAAUAUACUGUAUGCACCCUUUAAAUACCUUGUAUCAGAUUACCUAAUAAAUGUAAUCAACAAUG